GUACUUACUCGCUGUGAGUGCUCCGUAAUUAAACCCGCCUGCCUGCUUGCUCGGAUCAACCACGUUGCCUCCACUUCCUUCCCCCUCAACUAUCAAUAAUAGUAGGAUGGCUAUCUCCCUCACUCUGGGAUCGCUUCCCUCUCCCUCUUAAUCGUUGUCUCCUAUCCUCAUCACCCUUCACCAAUCCACUUUCUCCAGGCAUUUACCGUGUCGCAUGGCUGGCCAGGAUCGGAUUGUCCCUGUUCUUAUCCCUUUGAGCACUUGAGCUCGCACCUUCAGGCUUCCGCGGCGACUGUCCCGAUCCAUCACUUCGACUCCCCUCCCCCCGCUCGACUUGCUGCUGGAUUGCACCAUGGCUCAAGAGGCGUGGUCCGACAUCUGCGUCCAAUGCGUUGAGCUUCUGGUCAAUGUUCCAGUCUCCGUAUUACUUGUCACCUUCGCCGCGACAGUGACUGGUUUCCUUGUGCUAGUCUACACUACCCUCUACGCGGUCGCACCUGUACCACGGAAGCCUUACCCCGAAGAGAAACAAUAUCGAACGCUCACGAAAGAUGGAGCGAUCACGGAACCUCAAGCACUACCUUGUUGGCAAGAUGCGUUGGACGCCAAGAGGCGUCCCGGUCGCACUCUCGAUAACCCUUCCGUGGAGGAACCUGAGCUGUUCCUUUCUCUCGUCGUGCCCGCGUACAACGAAGAAGAUCGUCUCGGGGGCAUGCUGGAAGAGGCUGUGAAUUAUCUGGAACGGAUGUAUGGGACGGUGACCGGCGCCAUUCCGAAUGGCGUGGAUGCCGAUCCAGCGCAGAAGACUUUCCGUCAGCGCAAGUUGGCGAACGGACAUGCCAAUGGCAGUGCGACAUAUCCCCCCGUGCACGACAACAAGGGCUGGGAGAUCAUCAUCGUCUCAGACGGUUCCAAGGAUAAGACGGAAGAGACGGCCUUCACGUUUGCCCGGGACCAUCAGCUCUCGCUGCACCCGAAGGGCUAUUCGGGUCCUUGGACCCCGGGGACGAAAGAGGGUGUCCACAUCCCGCCGGGCACGAUUCGGGUGGUGACCCUAACUGAGAACCGAGGCAAGGGCGGUGCGGUGACUCACGGUAUGAGGCAUGUCCGCGGGCAGUAUGUGGUGUUUGCCGAUGCCGAUGGAGCCAGUAAGUUUGAGGAUCUGGGCAAGCUUGUCGCUGCCUGUCAAGGGGUCGAGGACUCCCUAGGCCGUGGUGUGGCCGUGGGAUCUCGCGCCCAUAUGGUUGGAAGUGAGGCGGUGGUCAAGGUAAGCUUCAUCGUGUCGCCCAUGCACGACUCCAUUUACGAGACUCGCGGAAGAGCUGCUGCUGAUCGGUGAUGACAGCGGUCCAAAUUGCGCAAUUUCCUCAUGCAUUCGUUCCACUUGAUCCUCUGGCUGUUGACCCCAUCCAAGACCGCCACUAUCAAGGAUACCCAGUGCGGCUUCAAACUGUUUACUCGGGCAUCUUUGCC